CACGACCUCACCCACCCCAUCGACGCCCCCAGCCAGGCGGCCACCGACAUAGCGAAGAGCCUUUCAUUCGACAAGGUGAACGUCGUGACGGUCGAGAAUGCCCCUGGCUUCGACCCCCCUCCCAGCACACCCUCCACGGCCCCCGCCAUCAUCGAACACCUACCACAGUUCCAAAGGGCCACAGAGCUGCGUAUCCACAGCGCUGUGGGCGGUCCUGCGGGCCGGCUGCUGGCGGAGAGGAUGCCCAGGGAGGUAGAGACCGUCUGGUUUGGCGCAGCUGUCAGCACAGAGACGAGGAGGGGCGUGCUGGGGACGCUGGGGGAGGGGAGGGAGGUGGGCACUGCCGAGUUGGGACACGAUUGCAGUCAUAUCAGCCUCACUCAGGGCGGCGCCUUUGACGGCUGGGAGUCGGAGAGCUUCCCAUCCAUUCGCACGAUACUGAUAUACUUCUCAGGUAUGUGAGGAAGGUGCUCGUCUGUGUCAUCCGCCUUGUCUGUGUGUGUUUCAUUCAGUGCCCGAUGACUUGAAGGAUGCUGUUGCCGCCAACCUCAUACGCGACGGCCUCUCGACUUUGCUCAAGGCUGGCGUGCGCGGCCUGGCGAGUGUGGCGCUGGACCUGCCGGACUACAAGUAUGGCGACCGGCAGGACAAGCAUGGCGACCUCGACGAUGCCAUUCGGCAGGUGUUCCGGGACAGAUCGAGAGUGGGCGAUUUCAUCAUCAACACUUGGGAUGGUGUUGGCCCCCGGUUCUGGUACGAGUCCGUGACGGCAACUCGUACCUCCUAA